UUCCCCCCCAGCAGCAGCUCUGCUCCGGCUCCCAUCCCAGAGACACCGGAGACACCGGAGACAGCGCCUCCAUUUUGACACCGACAGCCGGCGCGCUGUUAGCGCACUCCGCGGCGGAGGGACACGUUGGCUCAGGCGCAGAGCGGCGGAGGGACACGUUGGCUCAGGCGCAGAGCGGCGGAGGUUCGGCGGCUCUUCUUCCCGGGCCCGGUCCCGCCUGUUGUCUCUCGGAUGGCGGCGCUGCGGCAGGACGCGGGGGAUCUGUGAGGAUUUAACCAGCCCGUUUCUCCGUGGUUCAGCGGAGAGGAGGAUCGGCUUCUGGGGCUCAGGUACCGGCUUCUGGGGCUCAGGGUCUCUACGAGGAUGUGGCAGUGAGCAUGCUCACAGUGCUGAUCGUAACCAUGGCGGUAUUGGGCGCCGGCGGCGGCGGCCAGGCGUGCAGCGGCCAGGACAAUUGCUCCACCCAGAGUGAAUCCAAGGACUACUGCUACUCCGCCCGCAUCCGCAGCACCGUGCUGCAGGGGCUGCCCUUUGGGGGGGUGCCCACCGUGCUCGCCCUCGACUUCAUGUGCUUCCUGGUACUGCUCUUCGUCUUUUCCAUUCUGCGAAAGGUUGCGUGGGACUAUGGCCGCCUGGCGCUGGUCACCGACGCCGACAGACUGAAGAAGCAUCUCAGCGGCCUGGAGGAGCGGGAAUACGUUGUCUCGGCGAUGCACUCGGAGACGCCCGACCGCUAUGAGCGUCUCACCUCCGUGUCCUCCUCCGUCGACUUCGACCAGAGAGACAAUGGAUUCUGCUCGUGGUUGACGGCCAUCUUCAGAAUAAAGGACGAGGAGAUCCGUGAGAAGUGUGGGGAGGACGCGGUGCACUACCUGUCCUUCCAGCGCCACAUCAUCGGGCUGCUGGUGGUCGUCGGCGUUCUCUCCGUCGGCAUCGUUCUGCCCGUUAACUUCUCCGGAGACCUUCUAGAAAACAACGCUUACAGUUUUGGACGCACAACGAUAGCCAACCUGAAGUCUGGGACCAACCUGUUGUGGCUCCACACCUCGUUUGCCUUCAUGUAUCUGCUGCUGACGGUCUACAGCAUGAGGAGACACACCUCCAAGAUGCACUACAAGGAGGACGACCUGGUGAAGCGCACUUUAUUCAUUAACGGCAUCUCCAAGUACGCUGAGGAGAGUCAGAUCAAACAGCACUUUGAACAGGCCUAUGAGAACUGCACGGUGCUGGAGGCUCGGAUCUGCUACAACGUGGCCAGACUGAUGUCUCUGAACGCAGAGAGGAAGAAGACGGAGCGCAGCAAGAAGUUCUUCACCGACCUGAUGGCCAAGGAACACGUCCCCACCAUGAUCAACCCCAAACCCUGUGGACACCUGUGCUGCUGCGCCAUCGCCGGCUGUGAAGAGGAGGAGGCGGUCAGCUACUACACCAAGACGGAGGCCAAGCUGAAGGAGGAGUACAGGAAGGAGAAGGAGAAGGUCCACACCAAACCGCUGGGCAUGGCCUUCGUCACCUUCCAGAACGAGUCCAUGACCGCCGUCAUUCUCAAGGACUUUAACGCCUGCCAGGUUCAGGGCUGUCGGUGUCAUCAGGAGCCUCGAUCCUCGCAGGUCAGCGACGCGCUCCACGUCUACAACUGGAGCGUUUCGUACGCGCCCGACCCGCAGAACGUCCGCUGGGAGCACCUGUCGCUCGGGGGGAUCUCCUGGUGGAUCCGCUGCUUCAUCAUCAACGUCAUCCUCUUCCUCCUGCUCUUCUUCCUCACCACGCCCGCCAUCAUCAUCUCCACCAUGGACAAGUUCAACGUCACCAAGCCGGUGGAGUAUCUCAACAACCCCAUCGUCACGCAGUUCUUCCCCACCCUGCUGCUGUGGGCCUUCUCCGCCCUGCUGCCCACCAUCGUCUACUACUCGGCCUUCUUCGAGGCUCACUGGACCCGCUCUGGAGAAAACAGGACGACGAUGCACAAGUGCUACACCUUCCUGAUCUUCAUGGUUCUGCUGCUGCCGUCGCUCGGCCUCAGCAGUUUGGACGUGUUCUUCCGGUGGCUCUUUGACAGGAAGUUCCUGGCUGAUGCCAAAGUCCGAUUUGAGUGCGUCUUCCUGCCGGACAACGGGGCGUUCUUCGUCAACUACGUCAUCGCCUCCGCCUUCAUCGGUAACGCCAUGGACCUGCUGAGGAUCCCCGGCCUGCUCAUGUACAUGAUACGGCUGUGCCUGGCCCGCUCCGCCGCCGACCGCCGCAACGUCAAGAGGCACCAGGCCUACGAGUUCCAGUUCGGAGCGGCGUACGCCUGGAUGAUGAACGUCUUCACGGUGGUGAUGGCCUACAGCAUCACGUGUCCCAUCAUCGUCCCCUUCGGUCUGAUGUACAUGCUGCUGAAGCACCUGGUGGACAGGUACAACAUGUACUACGCCUACCUGCCCUCCAAACUGGACAAGAAGAUCCACUCGGGAGCCGUCACGCAGGUGGUGGCUGCUCCCAUCCUCUGCCUCUUCUG